CCGCGCGCCCGUCAGCUGCUCUCGCUCAUUCGGCGCGGGCUGAAGAUGGCGGAGCAGCGCUGGAUGCGCUCACGAGACAUCAAAGUUCUUUCUGUGGCGUCCAAUUGAUUCGGAUUUUCGCGACCGCUCUCAAAGUGGCCUUUUAAAAAGUCCGACAGAUGCAGGAACAUCUCGCCUUCAGCCUGAAGCAAUGCAUGAGGACUAGAGUGUUGCGUGACAUGCUCGAAGAACAACUGGGGUGGACAGGAGGUUCUGCUAGAAAACGUUUCUCUCAUGCCUUGUUUGUUCAAGCAGAUACAUGAAGCCGCAGAAAGUUUUAAGCCAAAGCAACAACACCCUAAAGAACAAACAAAUGAGCUGUCUUUUCACAUGGGUGCCUCCAGCUACUAACGCAUAGCGUUGAUAUAUGGACGAGAGGAGUACCAUACAAAAAGAGAGAGACCGGAGCGGCGAUUCCGUCGCAGGCUAUGGGGGCCAUGGUGACCUAGAGUCAAUAGUCGUUUCCUGGCAGGACAACUUGAUUCCAGUUUAAUCCCUGCUUGCUCUCUUUGUCUUCUACCUCCCUACCGGAGUGAGGCACCACCCUCUCUCUGUUCCUGCCACCCACUUGGCCAAGACAGCUAUGGCUGGAGUGAGGAAGUUGGCACGAGUAAUCAGGCACCAGGGUCUCCACCGCCUGAUCUUUGCACUCAUCCUCUUCUGUCUACUCUCCAUGGCCUACUUGGCUUAUCACGUCAGUGCUGGACCCAAGAUUAAGGAGGCCCCUGUGCCAUUACCACUGGGGGACUGUGUAGCUACAUCGGUAGUUGGUGGCGGACAAAGGACUCCACUGUUCCUGCCAUCACAGGUCAGCCAACGGCGACACUCGGUGAGGACAACAGACACCUCUCGGGCGGAGCCUGUGGUGUUACUCUUUGUGGAAAGCAUCUACUCCCAACUUGGACAAGAGAUCGUAGCCAUUUUAGAGUCGAGCCGCUUUCAUUACCGCACUGAAAUUGCACCGGGGAAGGGGGACAUGCCUCCUUUGGCUUGGCGAGGUCGUGGCCGAUACACCCUCAUCGUCUAUGAGAAUCUGCUCAAGUACGUCAACUUGGACUCAUGGAACCGCCAGUUACUGGAUAAAUACUGCCAAGACUAUGGAGUGGGAAUCAUUGGCUUCUAUCGGGCAAAUGAAAACUCCCCAUCCAGCGCUCAGCUUAGAGGCUUCCCUCUCUUCUUGCGUUCAAACCUGCCACUUUGGGAUUACAAAGUCAACCCUGCUGCACCCCUGCUCUACAUCACCAAACCAAAUGAGCUGGAACCUGGCCCUUUACCUGCAGACAACUGGACCACAUUCCUGUCCAACCACAGCACUUAUGAGCCUGUGCUGUUAGCUAGCCCCAGACCAGCAGAACCCAAUCAGCUCCCAACACACUCACACCAACAGAGAGGUCUGCUGGCUACGGUUAUGCAGGACCUAGGUCUUCACGAUGGGAUCCAACGGGUGUUCUUUGGAGGUAGCUUGUCUUUUUGGCUGCACAAGCUGCUGUUUGUGGAUGCUGUGGGUUAUUUAACUGGCAGAAGGCUCAGCCUCUCGUUGGACAGAUUUUUGCUUGUGGAUGUGGAUGACAUCUUUGUUGGGAAGGAGGGGACACGCAUGAAAGUGGCAGAUGUUGAGGCGCUGCUUCACACACAAAAUAAACUCCGUUCUCUGGUACCUAAUUUCACCUUCAACCUGGGAUUCUCUGGCAAGUUUUUUCAUACAGGUACAGAUGAGGAAGAUGAGGGUGAUGACACACUGCUUCGACACCGGCAGGAAUUCUGGUGGUUCCCACAUAUGUGGAGUCACAUGCAGCCUCAUCUCUUCCACAACGUCAGCGUACUCGCAGAACAGAUGAGACUUAAUAGACAGUUUGCACAGGAGCAUGGGAUCCCCACAGACAUGGGUUACGCUGUAGCCCCCCAUCACUCAGGUGUGUACCCUGUGCACAGUCAGCUUUAUGAGGCCUGGAAGAGCAUAUGGGGCAUCAAGGUGACCAGCACAGAAGAGUAUCCUCAUCUCAGGCCUGCCCGCUACCGCAGAGGCUUCAUACACAACGGCAUACAGGUUCUCCCCCGGCAGACCUGUGGGCUUUUCACACAUACUAUCUUCUACAAAGAUUAUCCAGGAGGCCCUCAGGAGCUGGACAAGAGCAUUCGUGGAGGAGAGCUGUUUCUUACAGUGCUGCUCAAUCCGGUUAGUAUAUUCAUGACUCACCUAUCAAACUAUGGCAACGACCGUCUGGGCCUGUACACCUUCGAGUCACUGGUGAGGUUUGUGCAGUGCUGGACUCACCUGCGCCUGCAGACGCUGCCUCCCGUCCGCCUCGCUCAGAAAUACUUCCAGAUUUUCCCUGAUGAGAGAGACCCCUUGUGGCAGAACCCAUGUCAUGACAAGAGACACAAAGACAUCUGGUCCAAAGAGAAGACCUGUGACAGACUGCCCAAGUUUCUAGUGAUUGGCCCUCAGAAGACCGGAACCACGGCGCUUCACUCAUUUCUUGCCCUCCAUCCUGCCAUUACCAGCAGCUUCCCCAGCCCCGUCACCUUUGAGGAGGUGCAGUUCUUCAGCGGACCAAACUACCAGCGUGGCAUUGACUGGUACAUGGAUUUUUUCCCCGUACCCUCAAACGUGAGCACAGACUUCCUGUUCGAAAAGAGCGCAAACUACUUUGACACUGAAGUUGCCCCGAAGAGAGCAGCCGCCCUGUUACCAAGAGCCAAAAUCAUCUCUAUACUCAUCAACCCUGCUGACCGCGCGUAUUCCUGGUACCAGCAUCAGAGGGCUCAUCAGGACCCUGUGGCGCUAAACUACACGUUUCAUGAGGUGAUCUCUGCAGGGCCGUCGUCCCCCGCAGCUCUGCUGUCUCUACACCGCCGCUGCUUGCAGCCUGGAGCCUACAGCAGCCAUCUGGAGCGCUGGUUACACCACUACCAGCCCAGUCAGCUGCUGAUCGUGGAUGGUGUGCAGCUGCGCUCCAGUCCUGCUCAGGUGAUGGAUGGGAUUCAGAAGUUCCUCGGAGUCACACCGUACUACAACUACACACAGGCGCUGACGUUUGACGAGAGUAAAGGUUUCUGGUGUCAGAAACUGGAGGCAGGACGUACUCGCUGUCUGGGAAAGAGCAAAGGAAGGAAGUAUCCAGAAAUGAUCCUGGAGUCGAGGGUGUUUCUUUCGGAGUAUUAUCGCGAGCAGAACGUGGAGUUACUCAGGAUGUUGAAACGUCUGGGUCAGCCUCUGCCCAUGUGGCUCAGAGAUGAACUGCACAACGCCAGCUGGAGCUGAUCAGAACCUGCAUAAGGAGAACCACGGCAGAACCCUGCUCCACACAGGAGAACUCAGGGCCCGUGUGCGGCAGGAGCCAAAAGAGGGACUGACCCCUCUCGCCCUCCAUACUCCGCACAGGCUCUGAUGGAACAGACAGGCCGAUCACGCUGUCAGUCUGAAUGAAGCCCUCAGAGUCACAGGAGAAGCCCUCAACCUGGUUAUGGGAACUUGUAGUGGACGUUCACGGAGUCAUGGAUAUGGAAAUGGGAGCGACCCGAUUGGACAGCUUUAAAAAGACAUCUAGAGUGGUUGGAUAUCAGCUGUGAACUGGCCGUUUUGAAAUGCAAAUUCUAGGAAGAGAGAGAAUCGAUCCUCUAGGAGCAUUUUGUGGAAAUACCCAUGAAAGGAAGGGACUAUGAGAGGAUUAUUUAAAUUUUAAAAAAGUCUUUAACUCUGCUAAGCAGAGAAGUAUUUAAAUAUGUGUCUCAUAUAUUUAUGCCAUCUUGCUGCCUUUCUCAAAACAGUUGCUGUUGAGGUGAUUUCUGUUUGACGUCAAAAAACAUUGUGCAGCCCAAGAAGCUGUAAAGAAGAUUUGAGGUUCAUAUGUGGCUACUUUUAGCAGAUUUUCUUCUUAAUUUAAUGAACUGGGCAAAUGUUUUGUUUAUUAAAAUUGUAAUUUUUGAUAUUAUUGUUCAACAUUUUGGGGUAGGUAAGAUUUUUAAAAUGUUUUUGAAAGAAGCCUCUUAUGCUCACCAAGGCUGCAUUUAUUUGAGCAAAAAUACAGUAAAAAAAAAAAAAAAAAAGUAAUUGUGAAAUAUUACAACUCUCUUCUAGUUUAAUUUAUAAAUAUUUUAUUUCUGUGAAAGCACGCAGCCAUUACUCCAGUCUUCAGUGUCACAUGACCAAAUAUGCUGAUUUGUUAUUCAAGAAACAUCCAACCUUGAUGUAUUUUUUUUCUGAAUUCUGUAAUGACUAGAAAGUUAAAAAACAACAACAACAGCAUUUAUUUUGAUUUAUUUAAUGCAUUCUUGCUAAAUAAAAGUAUUAAUUUCCUAAAACUGAAAGCUUACCCCAGACUUUUGAACACUAAUGUAUGCAAUCUGAAGAUAAUAGCACUGUUCCAAAACCUAGCAAGCAUUUCAAGGCAUCAUAGCUAUUUAGGCAGGAAACAUAAUUAUUCUGGUUUUUAAUAUAACUUUAUUUUAACACCAAAGCAUUUAUGGAAAUGGAAACUUCAAAAAACAGUAGUGAUGCCGAUUUAAUAUAUUUUUCAACAUUUUGUCCAUUAUGUAACUCAAAAUUGAUUCCAAUACCUUUGUAAUCUUCAGUGUAGAAUUGAUACUUAUGUUAACCAAUCCAAAUCACUUACAUCAGCCACAGUGUUCCACAAUAAUAGUUUUGUAGGCAGUAGAACAGAAGGAAACAAACUAGGUUUUGGAACAGUCCAGUAUCAGUGCAGAACUAAAGCAAAACUGUUUUUAUACGUGCCAAACUAAAUUGUUCCUGGAAAAUCUUUUUGUUUUUGUUUAUGGCCAAAAUGACAAAUACAUUAUACUGUAUUGACUGAAUGUGCAUUGUGUAUGUGUAGCAACAGUUGGAUACAUAAAAAUGAAUCAACAGUAAUGUGAUCCCAUCACGUCUGGUGUUCAGUUUAAGUUCACAUAUAAUGGGAAAAUAAAGGCACAGAAUGGAGACGGCCAUCUCAUUUUUCUCUUCAAAGUGUAAAUUGAGGUGAACAAGAGGGGUGAGUAUCUUAUCUGAGCUCCUGCAGUCUACUUUAUCAGCCGAGAGGAAGAGUGUAGAGAGAGUUUGAUUAAUCACCACACAGAAACGAGAGACUCGCCCUCCAUUUGAGAGCUUUGGGGCCCAGCCGCUCGAAUGCAGGAAACAAAGCCCUUAAAUAAGACUUGCUCAGGUCCGCUGGGAGUCACCACAGACAGUACACUGUGUGCUGGAGGGGAGAGAAGGAAAAAUAAAUGGUGUGAACUUCUAUAAAGUGCCUAUGUAUCUGAAUGCAGACACGUGCUAUUGAUGCAGCAAAUGCUGCUUGUAUUAAACUAUUACUUUGGGGCUGUUUCCUAGUACAUCUUUACAGUUGAAAACCUAUCAAAGCUAUAAGCUUCUACAUUUCAUUCCUUUUACCGUGAAGGUACACGUGCAUGUACAAUAACAAUGGGAAGGAAUUUUUAUGGUCAUAAAAAAACGGAAAGCCCAGUUCUAAUUCACAGUACAUUAAACAUGGACAUGUAUAGUACAUUUCAUGGUUAUUGGGUCAUUAAGCGGCGGUCACACACUGAAGGCAACAACCAGAACACUGAACAAGGAAUGGGCCCCGUGAGACACUAAUGCGGUUUCAAUACUACAUUAUUGCUAACUUUUCUUACAUUAACCAGCAUUACAUUACAGCAUUUGAGGUGUGUUCAGUAGCUCUUCAGCUAACGUUAACAUUGCUGUUCUUAGAGUGCUUUACGCUGCACUGCCAUCGUUGGGUAAUUAUACUGGAUAUAAAAUGCAGGCAACAGGGAGCCGCUAUUAAUAUGCUGGGCACUGAAACUGCUUUCGAAUGCACGAUCGCUUUUUACUUUCACUUUCAAGAUUUGCGACCGCAUGUGCUCUUUGUAAACUACAGCGGCAGUACUUGCCACACAUUUUACAAGAUCAGAUGCUUGUCAGUGGUGCUCAGGAUCUGUAAAUCAUUCGCCAUCAUCCUCAGUCAUCUCUCCUUACUCUGUUUAUGUGGUAAGUGAAAUCUUAUGUACUGUAAUGUAAC